GGUCCAGGCCGUCGUGGAGCCCCCUGGUGUCAUAGAGACGUAACUGUUCCUUCACACCGCGGUCUGUCUCCACCGACGCCACAUACACAUCCUCCUGGGUCUCAGUGGACUCUGAGCCUUCAACAGACAGGAGACAAUGGAAUUCAAUGGUUGUGUUCAACAGUCUGGCAGUUAAUCCAACAUGGGAGCGUACAAAUAUAUGCAAGAGCUAUGGCGCAAGAAGCAGUCCGACGUGAUGCGCUUUCUCCUGCGCGUCCGAUGCUGGCAGUACCGUCAGCUCUCUGGUCUCCACCGUGCGCCUAGACCCACCAGACCAGACAAGGCCCGCAGACUGGGGUACAAGUGCAAACAAGGCUACGUCAUCUACCGUGUCCGUGUUCGCCGUGGAGGCCGCAAGCGCCCCGUGCCCAAGGGUGCCACCUACGGCAAGCCCGUCCACCAUGGUGUUAACCAGAUCAAGUUUGCCCGCAGCCUCCAGUCCACUGCUGAGGAGCGUGCUGGCCGUCACUGUGGAGGCCUGAGGGUGCUGGCCUCCUACUGGGUAGGAGAGGACUCCACCUACAAGUUCUUCGAGGUGAUCCUGAUUGACACCUUCCACAAGGCUAUCAGACGCAACCCCGACACCCAAUGGAUCACCAGGCCCGUGCACAAGCACAGGGAGAUGCGUGGCCUGACGUCUGCGGGCAAGAAGAGCCGUGGCCUGGGCAAGGGCCACAAGUUCCACCUGACCAUGGGUGGUUCCCGCCGGGCAGCCUGGAAGAGACGCAAUACCCUGCAGCUUCACCGCUACCGCUAGAGGGUGUCUGUACAUUUAAAGAAAUAAACACAUGCCUUUUUAUGGUGACAAACUA